CAGGAAGUGCCGCGGUCGCCAUAGCAACGGGACGCCAUGGGCCUGGACUACUACGCCGUGUUGGAGCUGGACCGCGGGGCCACCGCUGACGACAUCAAGAAGGCCUACCGGAGACUGGCCCUGCUGUACCACCCCCUGAAAUGCAAGGAGCCCUGGGGACCCUCGAGGUUCCGGCAGCUGGCAGAGGCCUACGAUGUGCUCAGCGACCCCAUGAAGAAAGGCAUCUACGACAAGUUUGGAGAAGAGGGGCUCAAGGGGGGCAUCCCCCUGGAGCUGGCCAGCGACAACCCCUGGAGCGUGGGAUACGUGUUCCACAACAACCCCGAGAGAACCUUCAAGGAGUUCUUUGGUGGGGACAACCCCUUUGCAGAAUUCUUUGCCGAGGAUGGCUCGGAGGUGCUCCUGCCCUUCGGAGGGCCCCGGGGCCGGGGGGCACUCCGGCAGGACCCCCCCAUCGUCCGGGACCUCUACGUGUCCCUGGAGGAUCUGUUCCAUGGCUGCACCAAGAAGAUCAAGAUCUCCCGCAGGGUGAUGAACGAGGACGGCCAGACCAGCACCAUCAGGGAUAAGAUCCUGACCAUCGACGUGCAGCCGGGAUGGAAGCGUGGCACCAGGAUCACCUUUGAGAAGGAAGGAGACCAGGGCCCCAACGUCAUUCCGGCCGACAUCAUCUUUGUUGUCCAAGAGAAGCUUCACUCAAGGUUUAGAAGGGUUGACAACAACCUCAUUUACGUUGCCUCAAUCCCGCUGGGAAAGGCACUGACGGGAUGCACCCUGGAUGUGUGGACGCUGGAUGGGAGGCUGCUCAACAUCCCCAUCAACGACAUCGUGGACCCCAGAUACUGCAAGGUGGUUCCCGGGGAGGGAAUGCCACUGCCCCAGGACCCCGAGCAGAAGGGGGAUCUCCUCAUCUACUUCAACAUCUGCUUCCCCAAGAGCCUCAGCCCCGAGCUGAAAACGGUCCUGAAAAACGCUCUGGUGCCUGAGGAACACUGACCUUCCCCCUCUCCUCCCUGAACACCUCCCUGCUGCAGCUCAAUAAAGUCCGUUUCAGUGUUCCUUUGGUC